AUGGCUGAGGACAUGGAACUUCUCGGCUUGGGCGGCGGCGAUAGCGAUAGCGAGAACGGCGGGCCGCCAGCAGGCGGCGAGGGUGCUGCUCAAGCGGAUGGCAGCAGCAACGAGAGCGACUACUCGAUAGACGAACACGACUGCCUCGGGUGCGACGUGACUUCUAGGAAGAUGUGCCCAAUCUCGGUCCUUCGCCAAGCCCGGUACCGCAAGAAGCCGUUCCAUAACAAGAAGACUGGAGUCAUCAGGAAGAGGAAAGCCCCCUCGGGCAGGUGGUGCGGGAACUGCUUCAACUUCUGGAGGUCCAAUUUCAAGAAGGAGGUGCCGAACCUCGAGGACUUCGAGGACAUCACGCGCGAGAAACCCCACUUGAAGGCCAAGUGGAAGAAGAUGAAUGGCAACUACAUCAGGGCAAAGGGAGGCGGGAAGUCAAGGGUUCGGAAUGGAAAGCCUAAGCGGGUGAGUAAGAGGACCUCGGUGAGAGAUCAGCUCGUCGACGGUGGCGUAUACUUCUAUACACCAUCCGCGUACAAAAGAAAAUUCGGAUGCCCCAAAGAGAACAAAGCUAAGCCGCACACGGUCAAGAAGAAGGACGGCACCUUGCUACAUGGGUAUGCCGUGAGGCACGGCGAGGAAGGAGUGUUCCAGUUGAACAGCAUCGUGGAGAACGAGACCGUGCUGGAGGAGAGCUUGCUCAACCAGGAGGAGCAGCUCCACGAGGAGCACGCGGAGGAAGCGCUAGGCCUCGUGCGUGGGCUAACUGAUUCUGGGGUCCUGGCUCGGUCCAAUAGCAGGCCGUUUCCGAAGGGUCCUGGGGUGGGAAGCGUAGGCCAGCCAGAGCUGAACCAACUGGUUGUGAUAAAGGUCAGAGACAUGUCGGACAAUCCCCAGGAAGCGGCGGCGGCAUCCGGCCCUACCGUCCAGCUUGAGAAGGACGUGAUCGAGAUGGGUCGCCUGGCGGAUCUGCGGAAGCGGGCCGCUGACCAGUCGGCGGCCCUCGAGCAGUCGCAAGCUUCGAGCGAGUCGGACGAUGGCAAAGAUGACAAGGACGGGGAGGAGUCCGAGGAUGGCAGCGUCUCGGCGUCCAACUCGGACUCGGAUGCUUGUUCUGGCGCCCGGCCGCUGGUCAAGAACCCUGGCACCAAGAAGGCGGCCGCUGCUCAACCGCCUGCGAAGAAAUCCAAGACUUCGGCUGUGACUGCUUCGACGGCGGCGUCUACGCCAAAGACCAGCCGCAAGAGCGUUGGUGGCAGUAGCGCUGCGGGCAGCGUUCGCUCUGGCUCUGCGCCGCCGAAGGACGACAAGAUUGCUGCCCACGCGAAGGAGCUCCUCCAUCCCUUGGAGGUUGCUUACGUGGACUUCAUUGCAGGCAAGUGGGCGGCCUACAAUCCCCGACCGCUGUCGCAGAUGCUGAAGGACAUCGUCGUGGCCAUCAACGCGGCCAACCGGUUCCUCAAGGCGAAGGGCUCGAAACAAGUCGGGGCAGACGCAGAGAUCGAGAAGCUGCAGAAGCACGUGGAGGCGAUGACGGCCAUCAGCGGCUUCAAAAAGUAUUGGACCAAAUUCCAGGGCCUCGAUGCCACGACGGCUUACCAGCAGCAAGACGCGGUCAAGGCGAAGCUGAUCGCAGGGGCGGCCAUGCCACCCUACAUCGCGAAGAUCGUGAUCGACAAGAAGGUGAAGGAAACCGAGGACCUGGAGGGGCAGCUGGGACUGAUCGAGGACACGAAUACCGUUGGCGGCAUCGGCAUGCUCCCGGCAGAGGAGCAGGCAGGGCAUGCGCGGGCGCUUUUGCUGAAGGUGAUGAGCAGCUUCCUGGACUCCAUGAAGACCAUCAACGAUUACGACGAGGGCGAGGCGAAGUUCAAGGGCCUGGUCACGGCAGUGCUGAACCGGACUUCCUUACCGAAACCAGCUGUGGACGACAUGAAGGCCAUCAACGUGUACUUCAUUUGGAAGGACAAGGCUGUGGACUCGUCGAACGUCGCGCCCAUGAAGUCCGGAGUGCAGGCAGCCGUCGCCCGCCUGACGCAAAAGAAAGACUCCUCUUGCUACUUGGCCCUGCUCAAGCGCAAGAAGCCUGCGCCCUACGAGAUGGCCGUGAAGGGCCUGACCGACAUGAUGAAAACAGUGCAGCAGAUGGAGCAGAAAUCGCAGGCAACGGCGGGCAUCCUGAAAGCUAUCAACAAAGCGACGAGCACGUUGCCUUCGAUUGAUCAGAAAUCCAUAGAGCAGCAUAUCGAGAAGUUCAUUGCUUGUGUCAGCGAGUGCAAGAAGGUCAACUGGAAGGAGACGAACAGCGACGAGGUGGCAGAGGCAAUGGUAACUUUCAUGGAUCGUAUCGCAGCUUCUAUCAUGUUCCAGGUGCCCAGCAACGUGGCCACCGCUGACGAGGAUACGCAGAUUGCCGUGGUCAAGUGGGUAGGGACACAGGCCCGCUUGCUGACAACCUACACUCAGAUGCUGCACGGAAACAUGCCCGAGGCGAAGCCCCUUGACGAGAUCCCCGGCCGCAACCAGGCGCUGCAGAGCUGGUGCGGCUUGCUGGAGUACCUGAAGUGGUUCAAUGUCGAUGCUGUCCUAGGUGCAGACCUGCCAGUCGACAAGCUCAACAUUGCCUUGAGCAAAAUGUCGAACCAUGAUAUCAAGGGCCUGGCUCAGGCCACCAAUUCUAUAGGCGUGCAGGGGAACGUACCAUACCCGAUCGACCUGCUGGACAUCAUCAAGUUGACGAUCGAAGUCGACCGUGAAGCUCUGACAUUCCUUACCACGAUGAACGCGCUGGGGGAGUUUCACAAGAUCCUGCCUGCGCCCCUCUGCAGCGUGAUGAAGGCUCUGAUCGACAUCCAGUCCAACAAUGACGGCGACGAGCAGGAUCCAAUUACGAUCGAGGACCACGAGCUUUUGAAUAUCAGUUUGAACUUUGCAGGUCAUGUGGAUAUUCCAGAGGAGCUGGUGACCCGCGUGACUGCCGAUGAUGUGCACACGGUGCUGGGGAAGCUGGACAUGAAGGUUGGCGUCGCCAUAGUUUUCAACGAGCUGAAGGAUAAGUUCAGCCUGUCCGAGGGUGCCGAGGCGUCUAUCCCGAGUGGCGACAAGAGCAAGCGCGUCCCGUUCCUGAUGAAGCUGUUGCCGGCUCUUCGGGCCGUGAUUGCCUUGGACGGCUACGACAAGGUUUCAGGGCUCAACGCGGCCAAACUCUGGGCCAGGUUUUGGUGUGCGGCUGGCCUCGGUAGCAAAGCAGUUGCAGAGCCGAGCCUAGCGCAAGUGGGCCUGCAGGGCAACGACCAGAACAACCUCUUCAAAAACUACAACGAGAAGGAGCGCGACCUGACGGACCUGCAGGUCUGGAUGGAGAGCGCGAGCUCGGAUGUCCUGUCAGAUGCUGUCCGCGCGAACUUGAGCAAGACCUUCAAAAGCUGGGAUGAUGCCAAGAGGACUAAGAUGUACAACACGCUCGAAGCCAUUGCGAAUAAGAUCGAGGCUGUAGGCAAGUCGAUUGGACCGAAUUUAAUCGACACUAAAUCCGCCAUGAAGAAUUUCGAGCCCGAGCAGAUGCAGAUCGUGAAAGAGAUGCCCGGGCGGCAAAGUCUGAUCAAUGCUGUCAAGACGAUGGGUGAGACCUUGACCACGUGGAGGCUGCUGGCCUCGCCCGUUGGAGGGAAUUUCUCCGUGGGGGAGAAGUCUGUAUCCAAGCUGGAGGAGAAGAUCCAAGAGGCGAUCGUCCAGAGGGGAAAGGCCAAGUCGACGAUCGCAGUCCGCAGCGCGUUCUGCAUCCUCCUUUCGAAGGAUGCCGCCCUCGUCUCGAACUACAUGGUGGAGAUGAGGAACGCCAAGACGACCAUACCCCAGAAGCUCAAGAAGCAGCUGGAGGCGCUCCAGCAGCAAGCUGGAGGGACGAUGCAGCAGAGCAGGACCUGCUGGGCUGAGCAGUGGGAGGAGGAGAUCGUGCGAGCGGCUGUGAGCAGCUGCUGCAGGGCCGAGGUGCUGGACAGCUCGUGA